UACUGCUUCGACUGUUUCUACCCGUCGUCUAUUUGACGAGUUGUGCUCAAUUGGGUGUUUUUGAAUCUCUUGUACUUGUCAGGGGACCUUCUGGAGCUCCGUGCCCAACCGAGCUUCAUUACUCCACAUUCCACCCAGCGACGUCAACGUCAAGGGAACUUGUUCUUCCUCUGACAGUCGAAUUUGACAAUUGUCAUCUUAGAGACAUUCAAGCAUCAUCAAGAUGGCUUCGAUCCUCCGUUCCAGCUCCGCGAGCCUGCGUUCUGCGGCUCAUGCCUCCGCUACUCGCUCUCUGAGCACCGCGGCUCACUAUUUCCCCAAUGAGCCUUCUGGUCCUCAGAUCAAGACUCAGAUCCCCGGCCCAAACAACCAGAAGGCCACGGCGGAGCUGAAUGAGGUCUUUGACAUUCGAAGCUUGAAUCUGAUGGCGGACUAUGAGAAGUCUGUUGGUAACUACAUCGCCGACCUCGAUGGAAAUCUGCUUCUGGACGUAUAUGCCCAGAUUGCUUCGAUCCCGGUUGGAUACAACAACCCGAGCCUCGAGAAGGCUGCCAAGUCCAAGGAGAUGACCAACGCGUUGAUCAACCGACCGGCUCCGGGUAACUUCCCGUCUGCUGACUGGGCUCACAUCCUGAAGACCGGUCUCCUCAAGGCCGCCCCCAAGGGCAUGAACCAGGUGUUCACUGCCUCGUCUGGCUCUGAGGCCAACGAGACUGCUUACAAGGCCGCUUUCAUCUACUACCGUCAGCGUGAGCGCGGCGGCCCCAAUGCGGAGUUCACUGAGGAGGAAACCACCUCGUCCAUGGUGAACCAGACCCCCGGUUCGCCUCACCUGUCCAUCCUGUCGUUCAAGAAGGCCUUCCACGGCCGUCUCUUCGGCAGUCUGUCCACCACCCGCAGCAAGCCCAUCCACAAGCUUGAUAUCCCUGCCUUUGACUGGCCGCAGGCCCCUUUCCCGGCCCUCAAGUACCCCCUGGAGGAGCAUGCCAAGGAGAAUGCCGAGGAGGAGAAGCGCUGCCUCGAGGAGGUCGAGCACAUCAUCAAGACCUUCCACAACCCGGUCGCCGCCGUCGUGGUUGAGCCUGUCCAGUCCGAGGGUGGUGACAACCACGCUUCGCCUGAGUUCUUCCGUGGUCUGCGUGAGGUCACCAAGCGCAACAACGUUCUCCUCAUCGUCGACGAGGUCCAGACCGGUGUUGGUGCCACCGGUAAGUUCUGGGCCCACGACCACUGGAACCUCGAGACUCCCCCGGACAUGGUGACUUUCUCCAAGAAGGCCCAGACGGCCGGUUACUACUUUGGCAACCCGGCUCUGCGCCCCAACAAGCCCUACCGUCAGUUCAACACCUGGAUCGGUGACCCAGCCCGCGCUCUCACCUUCCGUGCCAUCCUCGAGGAGAUUGAGCGUCUCAACCUGGUUGAGAACACCGCCCUCACCGGCGAGUACCUCUACGCCGGCCUCGAGCGUCUUGCCCAGCAGUACCCCAACGAGAUCCAGAACCUUCGCGGUAAGGGCCAGGGUACAUUCAUCGCCUGGGACUCUCCGACUCGUGACGAGUUCGUGGCCAAGGCCAAGACCGUCGGUCUGAACAUUGGUGGCAGUGGUGCCAGUGCUAUCCGCCUGAGGCCCAUGCUGGUCUUCCAGAAGCACCAUGCCGAUCUCCUGCUCGAGUUGAUCGAGAAGAUCUUCAAGUUGUAAGGAAACGAUCAUCUACAGGUCCUUCAUCGAUGAAUGAAUGAUUGACGUUUCUUGUCUUUUUUUCCAUUUUUCUUUCGGGACUUUACUUUUCCUACAUAGGCGUUUG